GGUUCCAACACCUUCGCAGGAAGACUCUCGAGUAGACGUCGAAGGAGGAGCAGAAUAGUCCGCGCCACCCCCAUCACUGUCCCCAGCACCGCUGGCAGCAGUAACGAGGACAUGAGUACCGCGGAGGGCUCUGUCUCCCUGGGUGGUGUCAGCGACCAGCAUGGACCACAAUUGGAAUUGUCUCCGCAGUUCAAUCUCCUCAAGAGACCACUUGUUCACUCCGUCGGCGGAGAUGAGCCAGACACUGUGAGGAUACAACUCUGA